CUCCCCUCGUUCUUAUAGGAGGGUAAGUUACUGUUUAGAUGAGUCUUUCAUCUUAUCCUUUCCUGGAGCAUCUCAAGACUAGCGUGCAUCUCUACAGCGCUUCCGGUCUUUUAUAUUAGUCACAACUACUCUCCUGCCUCACAUAUCCACUUUGACUCAAACUUCGGGCUAACGACAACUCAGAAACUUCACCUCAGCCUUUCCGAAUAUCGAAAUCGGACUCAUUCAACAUGGGACGUUUGGAAGGGAAGAACUGCAUCGUCACCGGAGCUGCUGGGGGUAUCGGCCUAGAGACCACAGUCCUCUUCGCGAGGGAAGGAGCCAAUGUCUUAAUGUCCGACAUCUCAGGCCCGUCAUUGGCAAGGGCCCUUGCAAAAGUGAAAGAGCUAGUUCCUAGGGCCGAGAAAGUAGAAACCAAGAUCACAGAUGUGUCCAACGAAUCCAACGUCAAGGCCAUGGUAGAGCAUUUGGACAGCUGGGGCGGGGUCGAUGUAAUCUUCAACAACGCAGGUAUUAUGCACGGCGAUGAUGCGGAUGCUAUCGAUACGCCUGAGCAGAUUUGGGACCUCACUCAAGCUAUCAAUGUGAAAGGUGUGUGGUUUGGAAGCAAGCAUGCUGUGAUUAGCAUGAGGAAGCAUGGAAAGAAGAAGGGCUCGAUUAUCAAUACUGCUAGUGUCGUUGCCCUGGUCGGAAGUGCCACCCCACAGCUGGCGUACACUGCGAGCAAGGGAGCAGUAUUGGCGAUGACGAGAGAACUUGCGAUGCGUCAUGCAAGGGAAGGCUUCAGGUUCAACGCCCUCUGUCCAGCCCCAUUAAAUACACCUCUUCUGCAGGACUGGCUCGGCGACGACCAGGCCAAGCGCCAUCGCCGUGAAGUUCAUUUUCCAACUGGGCGAUUUGGAGAAGCCAUCGAGCAAGCACAAGCUGUCCUUUUCCUUGCUAGCGAUGAGAGUAGUUUCGUUAACGGUACUGACUUUGUCGUUGACGGGGGCAUGACGAGAUGCUACGUCACCCCUGAGGGAGCCCCCACUGAGCCACCGAAGAACUUGGCCCGCUAGGACGAACCUAGGAGUCUAGGAUGGACUUUGUGGAGUCUCUUUCAGAUGUUCCCGAUGCGAACUAUCAGAUCCUCGGCUUACUCUUGAUGCAUAACACUGCUUCUGCGAUGUCUAUAGUGAUAGCAUAGAUGGAAUUUGCUUUGGGGGAGUUUUUGAGCAGAAAGGUGGACACUGAAAUAGCAUCUAGUUCUAACUCCUUUAUUUCAUUUUAGACUGAGUGGGGCAGCAUUAUGUGUUGAUAGACCGAAUG